AUGAAAUUUUCAUUUUGUUCUUGUCUUAAACGUGCUCGUUCUACAUAUAGCAUAUCAUCAACACAUAUUGAUGAUACAAAUUCUAAUUCAAAAAUAUCAACAAUUACUAUAGCACCACUUCCAUUAUUAUCAGAUAUGCCAGUUGUACCAAUUGAAUCUGUUUAUGAAAAAAUUGUUGAUUCAUCAGAUGAUGGAGAAAUCGGUGUUAUGAAUGUUGAUCGAAUAUCAACAGGAUCAAUAGAAUAUGGUAAGCAGACAAAAACAACACCAAUACAAUUACAAAAACAAAUAUAUGAUGAUGAUACAGAACUUUAUGCUACUAUUAAUAAAACAAGAACAGCUAAUAAUAAAAUACGAAUAAAAACAAAUGCAACAAGUACUACUGAUGUUACUCUUCGACAAGUUUCAUUAAUUACGUCGACUACUGUUUCUUCAUCACAACCAAUAUCUUCGACAAAUUUACAUUCAACUGGAUUUACCAUAACUCCUGAAUAUCUGCCUUCUCCUUCACUACCACCACCAUUACCCCCUCUGCCACCUCAAGUUCAUACGGAUACAACUGCAAACACAAUAGCUAAUGAUCAUGACAAUAGAUCUACUCGCCGUCCUUAUUAUGAGGAAGUUAUAGUACGUGAAUCUUUACAAGAUCGUGCUCAAUAUUUACAAAUAGAAGAAGAACAAAGACAACAAGAACAACAAUUCAAUGAAAAUUAUUAUUCAUCUGUAAAUAGUGAACAAGGAGCAACAACUAGCAGUGAUUUAUAUGCUGAAAUAGGUAAUGGUAGUGGAUCGGGUAUAAUAUAUCAAAAUCCUCAAUAUCAUUAUUAUUCUCGGCCAACAAAUGAUACUGGUGUAGAUGAUGAUACAUCCGAACGUUAUGUAACUGUUAUCGAAUUAAAUAAUCUUGAAGAAGAUUGUACAGCAAGCCGUAUAUAUCAAGACGUUGAUUCUUUAAUAACUUAA